CGCGCAUGUCCAUCACACGCGGCUCGGCGGUGACGCGAAUCGAACGCCGCCGUUCCUUUGAAUUUCAAAUAUCGAAUUCAUUUCUAAUUCUUUUUUUAUUCUGUGCCAGUGAUUGAAGACAAAAUGAAGAUCGUAAUACUUUUUGCUGUAAUAUUGUGCGCGUAUGCGGCCGAGGAAGUGGAGAAGAAGAAUGAAAUGACAGAUCUCGAGCAGAUGGAGUCUCAGGACAUGAGGCAGGCGCAAGAGGGUAACCAGGACCAGUACAGAACGGGGAGGAAACAGGAACAAGUUGCACCAGUACAAGAAAAUCAGGAGGAAGAUAAAUCAAGUGGAAGCGGUCAAACAGAAGAAUACCGUCCCGGGCAAGUGUUCUCAUUGAACGCACAGGAACUGCUUGAGCUGCAGCCGGAGAGGAAGGCGCCGCUGGCCAGCAGUCAACAGCUGCAGCAGUUAUACAACCCGCAGCAGGAACACAAGCAGAACUUACAGCAAAAUCUGCAGCAAAAUUUACAGCAGAAUUUACAGCAAAACUUACAGCAUAAUUUGCAGCAGAGUUUACAACAGAAUAUACCUUUCUACUACCUGGACCCUCAACUCGCAGGACAGGUGUCACUCCAACCAUCUCAUACCGUUAUCGCUCGCCCUCAUUACACGUCCAACGGUGGGGAAGCGUCAGUGGGAGCCGCGCUUUCGGUGAGCGACAGUGGCAGCGCGACAGCACAUCCCUUCGACCAGGAACUCCUGGCACUGCUCAGCCAGGCGCGACAGGAAGACGAUAGACCGCAGAUUUACUCGCAGCAAAUCCUACCUCAGGCCCUUGGACAACAGUACCAGCAGGUUGAAAGAUACGUAACAAAAACUAGUAAAAAACCAACUAAAUUGCGUCCGAAGGUACAAGUGGUACCAACACAAGCCUCAACCGCCCCUCAGCAAUAUCUUAUCGAAACAACCAACGUGCAAUCUCAAGCGCCGGCGCUACAGUACCGGCCCCUACAGUCACAGCGUACUGGACAAACCCUACGCUAUAUUCCCUUGCAAGUCGCCCAGCCCGCGAUAUCCCAACCAUUGUACGAACGUCCAGAAUCUCAAGGUUUGAAGAUAGUCCCAGCUCCAAAUCUGCAAAACCUACAGCCGCAAUCUCAAGGUAACUACGUCUUCGUACCACAGUAUCAACAAGCAGAAGUAGCUCAGCCAAAACAAUACAGGUUCGUCGACACACAAAGACAGACGAUACAGACCGUCAGACAAGAACAACCUAGAAUCGCGCUCUCUAACGUAGAAAGACCAGUGGCGUAUUUAAAACGAUUCCCUGAGCCCGAAAAGGCACGUACAGUUAAAAUUUACAACCAAUCCGGUCUUGAAAGUGUAGCUGUUCCCCAAGGUCAAAACGAACAAUACUACAUUAGACCGUUAUACAGACAGAACGAGCAAAGACCUAGAUACGAUCUCUCUGCGUUAGCUCUAAGAUCUUUUGAACAGGCAAGAGCUGUUGAAUCAACUAAAUCUCCUUUGUCAACGAUUUACGUCCACAAGAACACUGCACCUAAGAAAGUGGCGAGACCUUCAGUAAGGAUAGAAACUCAAAGGGAACAAUCGGCUAGUUCUGAAUAUCCUAUUGAACAAGGCAGAGCUUUAGAAUACCAGCGCCCUCAGUUGCCACCACCGAAGAAUAACAAAGCGUAUACUCCAGAAGAAUUUGACGCGUUAGUAGCUGCAGGUUACUCUGUGACGCCGAUACCCGUUGGGAAUGUGGGUGAAGCAGCGCAGUCCCGAUCUUCAGCAGAAGUGGUACAAAUCCCUCAACGACGCGUAUACAACAAACGUAAUCAAUACUUACCUCUAAGAUCUGACGAAGCACCUUAAAUAACGACUAUUGUACAGAAAUUUUAGAAUUAACGCUAGAUAAUUAAAAUAUUUUGUAAUUUA